AUGAUCAUGGGAGCUGCAACAGUAGUAAUUGCUGCAAUAGUUGUGAUUUUGGUGGCCUAUUUUGUUGGGAAAGUGUUGUAUACAGUAUGGUGGUGGCCAAAGAUGAUAGAAAAAAAGCUGAAGAAGGAAGGUAUCCAUGGAGAGCCGUACAAAUUGCUGUUUGGGAAUUUUAAAGAGAUGAUGAAAAUGUCUAACGAAGCAAAGAAACAACCCUUGUUAAAUCAUGAUAUCAUUCCUUGGAUUAAUCCUUUUCUUGUUCGUCUUUCUAACACUUACAAGAAAAUAUUUGUGGUGUGGGCUGGACCGACACCUCGCGUUACAGUAACAGAUCCAAAGUUGAUCCGAGAAGUGUUGAAUAGAUAUAAUGAAUUCCAUAAGCCUGAAGCCAAUGCAUUCAUCCACUUGUUUGUUACUGGACUUGCCAGUUAUGAUGGUGAAAAAUGGGAUACCCACAGAAAGAUACUUAACCCUGCCUUUCAUGUAGAGAAGCUAAAGAGGAUGUUCCCAGCAAUUUCUUCGUGUUGCGAUGAAAUGAUAAAUAGAUGGGACGAAUUGGCUAGCAAAGAAGGAAGCUGUGAGUUGGAUGUGGCAGAUGAGUUUCUUAACUUAGGUGGAGAUGUUAUAUCAAGAGCUGCAUUUGGUAGCAAUAUUGAAGAAGGAAGGUCCAUUUUCCUACUUCAAAAGGAGCAGUGCGAACUUAUUUUGGCUUCUCCAUUCACCCUUUUCUUUCCCGCACUAAGAUUCCUUCCAACAGCAUCAAACAGAAAAGCAAAGUACAUCCACAAGAAAGUGAUAUCAUUGAUAAGAGGGAUAAUAGAGAAGCGAGAAGAUGCAGUGCGAAGAGGAGUGUCGGACAAUGACGAUAUUUUAGGUUUACUCCUAAAAGCAAGAAAUGAAGAAAACGCUGCAGGGAGAGGAUCACUAUCACGUCUAUCGACUGAUGAUGUGAUUGAAGAAUGUAAAGAAUUUUACUUUGCAGGACAAGACACAACCACAGCUUUGCUCUCUUGGACAUUGGUGGUCUUGAGCAUGCACCCUGAGUGGCAAGACAAAGCCAGGAAUGAAGUGUUUCAAGUAAUUGGGAAAAACAAACCAAAGUUUGAUGACUUGAAUCAGCUUAAAUUAGUAAGUACUUAA